GAGAGAGAGAGAGAGAGAGAGAGCAGCAGAAUCGCACUCGACAGCUCGAGACUCUCUGCGGUAAACUUAUAAUCAGACAUCUGAUCUAUAACAGCUCGACACGACUCAGUCAGCACUCACAGACACAUUUAUUGACGUGAAUUGCGCGCGGAUUUCAUCUUUAGCAAGAAGUUAAUAACACAAAAUAGGAUAUUUAUUAUUCAAGAAGAGAGACUCGGCGGGAUUUCUUUGGGAUCUCCUCCGUAUGUGAGUGAUGUUCACUAGGUAGUGCAGCUAUCGGAUACACUAGUUUGACACACAGACAGCGACUAGACAGUUGCUGAGAAGUGAGUAAAAACGGCUUUAACACUCAGGUUACUGCGGCUCAGUGCUGGCGGAGGACAUGGACUCCACACAGGCGGGUGGCGUGAUAGCAUACAUUAGCUCCUCGAGCUCGGCCUCCAGUCCAGACUCAUGUCACAGUGACUCCUCCAACAGCAGCUAUCAGUCCUGCUCUCCGCCCCACGGACCCUUGCCCAGCCGACGACAGGGCCAACCGGGCGAGACCCGUCCUGUGGCCCCUCAGUCACGCCCACCCAGGCACUCCGGAGGGAAAGCGCGAUCGCCCUCCACAACUAAAAGUGGAAUUACAAAGAUUAAUGGGCUGGUGUUGCUGUGUAAAGUAUGUGGAGAUGUAGCUUCAGGAUUUCACUACGGCGUUCACGCCUGUGAGGGCUGUAAGGGUUUCUUCAGGAGAAGCAUUCAGCAGAACAUUCAGUAUAAAAAGUGCCUUAAGAACGAGAGCUGUCCCAUCAUGCGCAUCAACAGGAACCGGUGCCAGCAGUGCCGCUUUAAGAAGUGUCUGCUGGUGGGCAUGUCAAGAGAUGCUGUGCGUUUUGGCCGGAUUCCCAAACGCGAGAAGCAGAGGAUGCUGCUCGAGAUGCAGAACGCCAUGAACAACAUGAUGGAGAACGGCCAUGGCAACCAGCCCCUGUCUGUUAACAACCAGACUCCGCCCCUGUCCGCCGACGGCCCGUCCUCUCUCUCCUCCUCCACUUCUCCCCAGAGCAACCGAUCUGAAUCCAGCCCUGACCCCGAGCCGCCGGUCUCCAUGGAUACGAGCUCAGAUUCUUCCAGUGCCAUGGACAUCGGGGAGGAGGAGGUCAUUGGCACGGUCACCAGGGCCCACCAGGAGACGUUCAUGUACAAUCAAGAGCAGGUCAAUGUGCCUUCAGAGGCCCCUGACAACCACGGCCAUUUCACAGAGGUCUGGAACCUCCGGGUCAACACGUCCUCAACGUCCAAUCAGAAUUCUCUAUCAAGCUGCAUUGCGCAGGUGCCUGAGGGCUCUAGCCAACCAUACAGUAGCGUCUGCCCUGUUCGACCAGCCUGUCAGAACGUGCCUUCAGCCACCUACAGCGUCCCGACGUGUGCCUGGGCCAACAGAAUGCACCUGGUCUGUCCCAUGAAUACAUCACCUCAAGUGGACCCCCAGAAGUCGGGUCACAGUAUCUGGGAGGAGUUCUCCAUGAGCUUCACCCCAGCCGUCAGGGAGGUGGUGGAGUUUGCCAAACGCAUUCCCGGAUUCAGAGAUCUUUCUGAGCAUGACCAGGUCAGCCUGCUGAAGGCCGGCACCUUUGAGGUGCUGGUGGUGCGUUUUACAUCCCUGUUUGAUGUGAAGGAGCGCGCGGUAACCUUUCUGAGCGGUAGAAAGUACAGCGUAGAGGCUCUGCGCUCCAUGGGUGCUGGUGAUCUCCUCAACUCCAUGUUCGACUUCACGGAGAAACUGCAAUCUCUCAACCUCAGCGAGGAGGAGAUGAGUCUCUUCACAGCCGUUGUGCUGGUGUCUGCAGAUCGUUCCGGUCUUGAGAAUGUCAACUCAGUCGAGGCGCUCCAGGAGUCUCUGAUUCGAGCUCUUCGCAGUCUGAUCACCAAGAAUCAUCCCAACGAGAUCGCCAUCUUCACCAAACUGCUCCUGAAACUCCCCGACCUGCGCUCGCUCAACAACAUGCACUCUGAGCAGCUCCUGGCCUUCAAGGUCCACCCUUGACCACCCGAACCAAGGUCCACCCCUGGCCACCCAAAACCCGCCCCCAAAACUGUGGACCACCCCCCAUCCACUUCCACAACCUGUCCGCUCGGCCGAGGAGAAUCUGAGACUUUCCUAGUGAAGGUCUGUGUAGGGGGCAGGAACUGAUGAAGUCAUCGUACUGUAAACCAUAUCGCCUCCGUCUGUUCUAACGCACACCGCUCGCAGAUGCAAACUACAAAGGUUUCGUUGUAGAUGCUUACGAGAGUUUGUGCGAUUGUGAGGCUCAUGUGCACGUGGAGGCGCCUUGAAUUUGUCUUUAGAUUUAUACCGUGUGUAAUAAGUAACAUGUUCACUGUCUUUGUAGUGUUUGUUUUCUGAUCUUCUUCAGAAAUUGGCUGCCUGGUCGUAUGAAAGCUGUGUGCAGAUGGUGGGUUAUCCCCACAGCAAGCCUUGACAUCCAUUAUGCUUGAAAGAAAAAAGCAACAACUGAAAAUGGAAGAAUGUGGAACAAGCUGCUAAACUGAGCUUUCCGACCGAAAGACGCACAAAUGUUUCGCGGACAGAUAUAUUUUUAUAGUUUCAUCUUCUUAAAAUGUCUAGUAAAUUGAAAAUGGUUUGGCCUGAAACAUUCAGAACAGAAUUGAGUCACAGGAGCGCAUUUCAACUGUUUCUAUAUUUAUAACUGGAUGAAUAAUAACACAUGGUUUUAUGGCAGAUGUUUAUGGACAUGUACCGCGUAUCGCUGAGCGCUGAGGUUUAAUACUGCCAAAGAUUGCUCAACCGGACUGUACGCUUGAAGUGUGUUGACCAACCAUUCACAUACUUGCCACAUAAAGUAUUUAUCUUACAGCUAUGGUGCGUAUGUCAAUAAAAGACACAAUGUUUAAUGAUGCUACUAAACUUAUGAAGAAACAAUGUUUUAUAUAACUAUAGGAGGCGUGCAUUGACAAAACUAUCCAUAUACUGAUGACGUAAUGCUGAGGACACACCCUAGCUGACACCUGAAUAUCUAAAUGGUUGUAAAACACUUCCAUGGUUUGGGGUAAUUGUUUUCACUCAGAUUAUUGUAAUUGAUUCCAACAAUGUAAUUUAUUAGUUGUUCUUCAAGCAAGCCUUAGUAAAUGUUUGUGUAGAAUUAUUGCUUUCGUAUCAGUAAACUGCAUGCAUAGUCAUGAAUCAGAGCACGCAGAGGAAAUGGGAAAAAGGAAGUGAUGUCAUUGCUCCGGCAGUGCCUCACAGUGUGGAUUGUUUUUUUGUCAGUCCUCUGCAGAUGAGUUCUAAUGUAAAACUGAUGUAUUAGACUAUCUUGAGUUGUGUUUGGUGUUGGUGUUCGUGUGUGGGCUGCGGCUCACUCAGCAUUGUGUUGCCAUAUUCCAGUCUGUUUUCUUCUGUGAAAGCAUUGUAAGAUAGAUAGAUUUAUAUAUAUAUAUAUAUAUAUAUAUGAAAUACAUAGAAAAUAAAAACAGAGAAAACAAA